ACACUCCCUCCAGUUCCGGGUCAAACCGUUCUCCCGCUUUUCCCCCGCCUUGGCGGGCAGUCGCCAUGGCAGGGAGUAAUAGUGGUGCUGCUGCUGCGGCGGCCGCGGUGGCCAAUCUAAAUGCGGUGAGGGAGACCAUGGACGUUCUGCUUGAGAUUUCAAGAAUAUUGAAUACUGGCUUGGAUAUGGAAACACUCUCUAUUUGUGUACGUCUUUGUGAGCAAGGAAUAAACCCAGAGGCCUUAUCCUCUGUCAUUAAAGAACUUCGCAAGGCCACAGAAGCAUUAAAGGCUGCUGAAAAUAUGACAAGCUGAUUUUGUGGAGAGAUCUUUUGAUAAGAUGCAUAUCAAGAUCUGGAAGAUUUGAAGAGUACAUACUGGAAUGAAAUUGCUUUUUAUAGCAAUGUAAAAUUAACAAACCAUAGCUUUAUACGUAGUAGAAAGUAGCUUAUUGAGUUAUAAUUAGAUAAGUGUUUAGUUCACAUCUUUUUUUUUUAAACAGUCCUAAAAGUUUACAAAUAAUACGCUAUUUAUAUAUUCUUUAUUUAUUGCUUUGAAAGUUUUAAUUUUACAGUCUGUCAAAUAUUGCACAUUCUCUGAGCCUUGUUGAAAUCAUAGUGGAAGUAUCAACACUGAUGUAAUAGUUAUGACUUGUUGACAUUUCCAUUAUAAACUCUAAUUUUGAAUUAUUUAUGUCUAACAACUUUAUGGUUUUACUUUUCACUGGGCUAGAAGUUGGCAGAAUUUCAGAUAUCCUCAAAGAGUGUGUCAGUUUUUAUUUAAAUUCAUUGUAUAUGUCAGUUUUGUUUUGUAUAAGAGCAUGUUAAUUUCUUAUGGUCUCUACUAUUGUAACUAACAGACUUAGUUUUUUAAACACAAUUUAGCUGACAAUGAAUAAUGUAAACUAGAUCACUUUUUUAUUAGAAAUAAAAUUUUGGAAACAGCUAUUAGUUGCUGUUUUGAUCAUCUAGAGCUAAUGAGAGUAUUUUAAUUAUGUUUUGCCUUUUAAGUUUUAUACUAUUAUUCAAAGACCUCAGUAAUAAUGUAUUUUAUGAUAAAGUAAUAAUGACCAACAUGCAUAAUCUUUCAAUUAGUAAAAAUAAUUUUAUUGCUGAAUAAGAAAUUAUCAAACAAAAAUCUUUGUCCAUUUUAUGUAAAUUCUUUUGAAGUUUAAAUUUAACUUUUUUUUUUAAAGAAAUAAGAGAAAAAAAGAUUUCAAAUCAUUAUACAAAGAUUAAAAUAAAAUAGGCCAAAUAUUAAGAAUUGUUAGACUGUGCCUUCUUAAAAUCACUUGUGAUAUUAUUUUAUCCUGAUAGUUAUGUUUCUGAGUGGUUCAGUAAAGAGGGAUUUCUAGAAAGGACAGAAUAUAGAAAUAAAGAACUAGUGUUAGUGAUUUUCUCAACAUCAUUACUUAUUUUUAUGAUGUGUUAAUGUGCUUUUUAAAAAGACUUCUCUUCCACUAUUGUUUUCAAAACAUAAAUAAAAUUUUGUUUUCAUCACUUUCAAAUAAAUGUAGAAUUCACUGGAAAAUUUCUUGUGAAUAGGAGGAAUAAGUAGUAGCCAGAUCUGUUCUAUAGUUUCUAUAGUUGUCCAGAGAUGGAAGGAGGGGGUUGAAGGAAGGCAGAGAGUAAUAACUUGUAAUAUCAAGAACAUAAAAACUGGAUGUUAAUGUUUUUAGAUUACUAACAUCUACAGAAAAUGAACUCUUUUGAUCUGCUCUUAAAUAAAACAAAUUUUGUAUCUAGCUCUUAAAAAUGAAAAGCAAUUUAGUGCAUUCAAUCUUAAUUUUUUUUCUUUUAAUGUAAUGGCCUGAAUUCAGUUUAUAAAUUUAUAAUGUCAUAAAUUAAGUUAUAUGGGAAAUGCAGGAAAAAAAUGUAGAAAGAGGUCUAUGUUUACAAAGGGCUUCCUGAAUGUGUUAUAUUUCUGAAAUGUAAAUCUAUUUUUUUAAUGCAUAUUCAUAAUCUUUCAGAGGACAUUUAAGAAAAUGAAAUAGACAAUAACUAUAAAAUUACAGUCUUAUGCAUGUUAUCACUGACAGUAAAACUGAUUGAAUAGUCUUGAAAGGUACUUUUGAUUUGUUUCCCAUGUAUUAUGUAUUGGGAAAAAACCCAACCAUGUAAAGUAUCAUCGUUAUUUUAUGCUUAUGUGUGAGUAUUCCUAAUAUCUCUAUUAUAAAUAUUUAUGUACUUCCUUAUUCAUGAUUUCCUUAAUUCCAUAGAAGUGCUGUGUCAAUGUGUGUCUUUUUUUUAAAUAAAUUUUUAUCAAUAAGUUCUGUUUAUAUGUCA